AUGCACCUAAUCCCCAAGGAGCUGGACAAGCUCGUCAUCUCGCAAUUGGGAUUUCUCGCCCAGCGUCGUCUUGCACGCGGUGUACGACUCAAUCAUGCAGAGGCAGCGGCUCUUAUUUCAUCGAAUCUUCAAGAGCUGAUUCGCGAUGGCCACUACUCGGUGGCCGACCUCAUGUCCAUCGGCAAAACCAUGCUCGGCCGUCGCCAUGUCCUUCCCUCCGUCGUACAUACUCUCGUCGAGCUCCAAGUCGAAGGAACCUUCCCCACAGGCACAUAUCUCGUGACAGUCCACCAUCCCAUCAGCAGCGAUGACGGCGAUCUGGAGAAAGCGUUGUAUGGCAGCUUCCUUCCCAUUCCACCGGCGGAUACGUUCCCAGAUCCGAACCCAGACGACUACCUCCCGGAGAAGAUGCCAGGUGCUGUGCUGCCAGUGAAGAACGAACGGAUUACUCUGAACGACGGCCGCAAGCGCAUCAGGCUGAAGGUGAUGAGCAAGGGCGACCGCCCGAUCCAGGUCGGCUCUCACUAUCACUUCAUCGAGACCAACCCUCAGCUUCAUUUUGACCGUCUGCGGGCCUACGGAUACCGGCUCGAUAUCCCCGCUGGGACUUCGGUACGAUUCGAACCCGGUGACACCAAGACGGUCACGCUGGUCGAGAUUGCCGGGAAUCGCAUUAUCAAGGGUGGCAACUUCAUUGCUUCUGGAAAGGUUGAUAUCAGUCGAGCCGAGGAGAUCAUGCAGCGCCUGCAGGUCGAGGGCUUCGCUCAUGUCCCCGAACCCGCACCGACCGCGGACAGUGCGCUGAUUACGCCUUUCACGAUGGACCGAGAAGCUUAUGCGCGAAUGUUUGGACCCACUACCGGUGAUCUGGUCAGAUUGGGGUUGACCAACCUUUGGGUUCGGGUCGAAAAGGACUGUACGGUUUAUGGAGACGAGUGCGCGUUCGGCGGCGGCAAGACCCUUCGCGAGGGUAUGGGCCAGUCCUCGGAGAGGUCUGAAGCCGAGUGUCUGGACACCGUCAUUACGAAUGCGCUGAUCAUUGACUGGAGCGGAAUCUACAAGGCUGACAUUGGUAUCAAGAAUGGGCUGAUCUCUGCUAUCGGCAAGGCUGGCAACCCGGAUAUGAUGGACGGCGUGCAUCCGGACAUGAUCGUGGGCUCAUCCACCGAUGUCAUUGCGGGAGAAAAUAAGAUCGUGACGGCCGGCGGGUUCGAUACUCAUAUUCACUUUAUCUGCCCUCAGCAGGUGGACGAAGCGCUUGCUUCUGGUAUCACCACGUUUUUGGGCGGAGGGACCGGUCCGUCGACGGGCACGAACGCGACGACCUGCACGCCUGGACCCACGCACAUGCGCCAGAUGAUCCAGGCGUGCGACAGUCUCCCGAUCAACGUCGGUAUCACCGGCAAGGGUAAUGACUGCGGUGGCAAGAGUAUCGAGGAGCAGAUCCGUGCUGGAGCGGCCGGCUUGAAGUUGCAUGAGGACUGGGGGUCAACCCCUGCUGCGAUCGACACCUGCCUGGACAUGUGCGACAAAUUCGAUGUUCAAUGCAUGAUCCAUACCGACACUCUGAACGAAUCCGGGUUCGUGGAGCAGACCGUCAAGUCUUUCAAGAACCGCACCAUCCACACCUACCACACGGAGGGAGCCGGCGGUGGCCACGCACCCGAUAUCAUCUCCGUCGUGGAGCACCCCAACGUGCUGCCCAGUAGCACCAACCCAACGCGCCCCUUUACCAUGAACACCUUGGACGAACACCUGGACAUGCUGAUGGUCUGCCACCAUCUAUCCAAGAACAUCCCCGAGGACGUCGCCUUCGCCGAGUCCCGGAUCCGCGCCGAGACCAUCGCCGCCGAGGACGUCCUCCACGACCUCGGCGCCAUUAGCAUGAUGUCCUCGGACUCGCAGGCCAUGGGCCGCUGCGGCGAGGUGAUCCUGCGCACCUGGAACACCGCGCACAAGAACAAGGCACAGCGCGGACCCCUCAAGGAGGACGAGGGCACCGGCGCGGACAACUUCCGCGUCAAACGCUACAUCAGCAAGUACACCAUCAACCCGGCCAUCGCGCAGGGCAUGUCGCACCUGAUCGGAAGCGUCGAGGUCGGCAAGCUCGCCGACCUGGUCAUCUGGUACCCCAGCACCUUUGGCACCAAGCCCGCCCAGAUCCUGAAAAGCGGCAUGAUCGUCGCCUCGCAGAUGGGCGACCCCAACGGCUCCAUCCCCACCAUCGAACCAGUCAUCAUGCGCCGCCAGUUCGGCGCCUUCGUCCCCAGCACAUCCAUCAUGUGGGUCUCCCAGGCCUCCAUCGACGACGGCAUUGUCCAGUCCUACGGCCUCAAGAAACGUAUCGAGGCCGUCAGGAACUGCCGCAACGUCGGCAAGAAGGACAUGAAGUUUAAUGAUGUCAUGCCCAAAAUGCGGGUUGAUCCGGAGAGUUACGUCGUCGAGGCGGACGGGGUGCUCUGCGAGGCGGAGCCCGCGGACGCGUUGCCCUUGACGCAGGAUUACUUUGUUUACUAG